CUCAUAUCAUAUCCGCUCUUUUGUUGCUGUCUCACUGCAGUCCUGCACCACCAGCCUGCCCCCACUUUGAGUGCCGCAUUGCUGUCUCAAAGUAGGGUGAAUUCAUUACGCACACAGUUAUUGCAGGAGCACAGAGUGCCUGUCAACUGCAGAGCACAAGGAAACUCCAGGCAUUGCCAUUCUCUCUUCCUGCCCUGUGUGAUCAUGGGGAAAGAGAAGAUCCACAUCAACAUCGUGGUCAUCGGCCAUGUUGAUUCUGGGAAGUCCACCACCACUGGCCAUCUCAUUUAUAAGUGUGGAGGAAUUGACAAAAGAACCAUUGAGAAAUUUGAAAAAGAAGCUGCUGAGAUGGGAAAGGGUUCCUUCAAGUAUGCCUGGGUGCUGGAUAAGCUGAAGGCAGAGAGGGAGAGAGGAAUCACCAUUGACAUUUCACUCUGGAAAUUUGAGACCACCAAAUACUACAUAACUAUUAUCGAUGCUCCAGGACACAGAGACUUCAUAAAGAACAUGAUCACUGGGACGUCCCAGGCGGAUUGUGCCGUUCUUAUUGUGGCAGCUGGGGUGGGUGAGUUUGAGGCGGGCAUCUCCAAAAAUGGGCAAACGAGGGAACAUGCCCUGCUGGCCUACACACUGGGCGUCAAGCAGCUGAUUGUAGCUGUCAACAAAAUGGACUCCACAGAGCCACCCUACAGUGACAAACGCUAUGAUGAGAUUGUUAAAGAAGUGAGCGCCUAUAUCAAGAAGAUUGGCUAUAGCCCCGCCUCUGUUCCUUUCGUCCCUAUUUCAGGUUGGCAUGGUGACAACAUGCUGGAACCAUCCUCUAAUAUGCCAUGGUUCAAAUGCUGGAAGCUGGACAGGAAGGAACAGCAUGCCAGUGGUGUGACUCUUCUGGAAGCUCUGGAUACUAUAAUGCCUCCAUCACGUCCCACUGAAAAACCCUUACGGCUGCCACUACAAGACGUCUACAAGAUUGGAGGUAUAGGCACAGUACCUGUGGGCAGGGUGGAGACUGGCAUCCUGCGGCCCAGCAUGGUAGUGACCUUUGCCCCAGUCAAUAUCACUACAGAGGUGAAGACUGUGGAGAUGCACCAUGAGUCUCUGAGCGAAGCACUGCCAGGAGACAAUGUGGGCUUUAACGUAAAGAAUGUGUCAGUAAAGGACAUACGAAGAGGUAACGUGUGCGGGGACAGCAAGUCAGACCCGCCCCAGGAAGCAUCAGGGUUUACAGCACAGGUGAUCAUUUUGAAUCACCCUGGACAAAUCUGCGCAGGUUACUCUCCUGUCAUAGACUGUCAUACAGCUCACAUUGCCUGCAAGUUUGCUGAGCUAAAGGAGAAGAUUGACCGUCGCUCAGGCAAGAAGCUGGAGGACAACCCCAAAAGCCUGAAGUCUGGAGAUGCCGCUAUUGUGGACAUGAUCCCAGGGAAACCAAUGUGUGUAGAGAGCUUCUCUCAGUAUCCACCACUGGGACGUUUUGCUGUCAGAGAUAUGAGACAGACUGUUGCAGUUGGUGUCAUAAAAAAUGUGGACAAGAAGAUCGGUGGCAGUGGGAAAGUUACCAAAUCGGCCCAGAAAGCUCAAAAAGUUGGCAAAUGAAGUUACUUUUUCAACUUAGAUCCCACCUAGUUCACUCAGCCAAUUAAAUGCCCCCCUCUUUCAUCUGAGCAUGCUCAGUCUGCUCCCCUGUGUGCUUGAAAUCUAUUACUCACUGGAUGCAAAUAAUGAAGGACUGGCAUUAAUUAUCAUAUUUUGAUUGGUCACUCUGUAUGACAGGAGACUGAUACACAUGUUAUGCAUGGAUGUCUGUCUUGAUUUAUGAAUGGCAUCUAUCAAUGAAUGUAACUGUUAUUGCUAAAGAGAGAGAGAGAGAGAGAGAGAGAGAGAGAGUGUGUGUGUAUUUGAAAGUGAAAGAAAUUAAAGUGUUUGUGUGAAUAAAUGCUACAAUUUGACCAUGAUAAUAAUUGAGAUAUCCAAAGUAAAUGAACUGCUGCUAGAAGUUUUGUAUAGUUUAUAAAUGAGCUUUGAUUAGGGGCUAAUUAAUCCAAAGUACCAUUUGUUUCCUUUGCCUGUCAGGUCUUAAUCAUGAGGCCUGAAUUCUGACCCUAAUAUCUGAAACAACUGAUGAAUAAAU